CUUACCACCUAGAAAAACUGAAACCUGCUAUUAAAGUCCAUACUCCAUAUACCGCUUGCCCGGGUUGAAACUGUCUUAAAUUGAACACAAUAUGUAGAGUUGUAGACUUUUUCGUUUUAAGGAAACUGAAGUAGGUGAUUAGUUCAAUUCAAUUCGUGGUGAAGAAACAAUCUACACCGAAUCCUUCUGCUCUUUGUUUAAUUAUAGGAUCACGCUUCAUCUAUAAAUCCCUUCUACAUUCAUUCCAAUUUCCUCAUCUCUCUUUCUCUCUUUUAACCAUCUACGUCUCUACCCUUCUUAUUUUGAAUCCUAUCUUUGUUUUUUUCUUUUUUUCUUUUUAUCCUCCUCGUCCUCGUCCUCACAGAGCCAUGGCGGCCCAUUCGAGUAUCAAAUCCAUGGCUCUGUGCUUUGUUAUGACCAUGUGCUUGGUGGUCUCGUCUGUUGCAGAGCUUCAAAGAUUCGACCAUCCCGCAAAUGAUGAUGGGUCACUAAGCUUCUUGGUCAUCGGAGACUGGGGAAGAAGAGGAACUUACAACCAGUCUGAAGUUGCCGUUCAGAUGGGAAGGGUUGGGGAGAAACUAAAUAUUAAUUUCGUGAUCUCCGUUGGUGAUAAUUUUUAUGACAACGGCUUGACGGGCGAAAACGAUCCUAACUUCGAGGAAUCAUUUACCAAGGUCUACACUGCUAAGAGUUUGCAAAAGCAGUGGUACAGUGUUUUGGGAAACCAUGAUUACAGAGGUAAUGUGAAGGCGCAACUGAGCCCUGUCCUAAGGCAGAUAGAUAGCAGAUGGCUGUGCUUGAGAUCUUUUGUUGUCAAUGCAGAAAUUGCGGAAUUCUUCUUUGUGGACACAAAUCCAUUUGUGGACAUGUACUUUUAUGACCCAAAAGAUCACAUCUACGAUUGGAGAGGUGUUCUUCCAAGAAAGAAGUACAUUGCCAACCUUCUCAGGGAUGUAGACACUGCACUAAGUCAGUCGACGGCGACAUGGAAGAUUGUGGUGGGUCACCAUGCAAUCAGAAGUGUUGGGCAUCACGGCGACACCAAGGAGCUUGUUGAGAAACUCCUCCCAAUCUUGACUCAAACCAGCGCUGAGAUUCUGUUCUAUGAUGUUAAUGGCUAUGUGUUGCACAGAUGGACUGGGUCCAAGCAACUCUACUCAGCCAUUUAA